GCGAGCCAGCGUCUGUCUCCAGGCCAGCUCUAAGCGCCAGCAGGGAGGGGACUUCUGGGACAGGGCCUCAAGGGACAAGACCGGGAAGGGGCCAAGCAGGCCAGCAAGGUGUUCCUGCCACCAUGCAGGAUGGUAACUUCCUGCUGUCCGCCCUGCAGCCUGAGGCCGGUGUGUGUUCCCUGGCCUUGCCCUCAGAUCUGCAGCUGGACCGGCGGGGUGCCGAGGGGCCUGAAGCAGAUCGGCUGAGGGCAGCCCGGGUCCAAGAGCAGGUCCGAGCCCGCCUCCUGCAGCUGGGCCAUCAGCCGAAGCACAACCACAACGGAGCAGCGGAGCCAGAGGGCGUUGCCGAGGUGGCCAGAGGCACAUCCAGGAAUCAAUACCACACCCUGCAGGCCGGCUUCAGCUCCCGCUCCCAAGGUCUGAAUGGUGACAAGCCCGCGACCUUCCGGCCCAUCGCCAAGCCAGCCUACAGCCCAGCCUCCUGGUCCUCCCGCUCUGCUGUAGACCUGAGCUGCAAUCGGAGGCUAAGCUCCGCCCACAAUGGGGGCAGUGCCUUUGGAGCUAUGGGGUAUGGGGGCACCCAGCCCACCCCUCCCAUGCCCACACGGCCUGUGUCAUUCCAUGAGCGUGGUGGGGCAGGCAGUCGAGCUGACUAUGACACGCUGUCCCUGCGCUCACUGAGGCUGGGGCCGAGCAACCUGGACGACCGCUACAGUGUGGUGUCUGAGCAGCUAGAGCCUGCGGCUGCCUCUACCUACAGGGCUUUUGCCUAUGAGCGCCAGGCCAGCUCCAAUUCAAGCAAGGCAGGGGGUAUGGACUGGCCGGAGGGCGCUGAGGGGCCCCCCAGCCGGACCAUCCGCGCCCCUGCUAUGCGAACCCUACAGCGAUUCCAGAGCAGCCACCGCAGCCGUGGAGGGGCAGGGGCAGUGCCAGGGGCUGGCCUGGAGCCAGUAGCCCGAGCCCCAUCCGUGCGCAGCCUUAGCCUCAGUCUGGCAGACUCGGGCCACCUGCCAGAUGUACGUGGGCUGGAUAGCUACGCCAGCCACCGCACCCUGCAGAGGCUCAGCAGUGGCUUUGAUGACAUUGAUCUGCCCUCAGCAGUCAAGUACCUCAUGGCCUCAGACCCUAAUCUGCAGGUGCUUGGAGCAGCCUACAUCCAGCACAGGUGCUACAGUGAUGCAGCAGCCAAAAAGCAGGCCCGCAGCCUUCAGGCUGUGCCUAGGCUGGUGAAGCUCUUCAACCACGCCAACCAGGAGGUGCAGCGCCAUGCCACAGGGGCCAUGCGCAACCUCAUCUAUGACAAUGCGGAGAACAAACUGGCACUGGUGGAAGAGAACGGCAUCUUUGAGCUACUGCGGACACUUCGGGAGCAAGAUGAUGAACUGCGCAAGAAUGUCACAGGGAUCCUGUGGAACCUGUCAUCCAGUGACCACCUGAAGGACCGCCUGGCCCGAGACACGCUGGAGCAGCUCACAGACCUGGUGCUGAGCCCCCUAUCGGGGGCAGGAGGGCCCCCUCUCAUCCAACAGAAUGCCUCUGAGGCUGAGAUCUUCUACAAUGCUACUGGUUUCCUCAGGAAUCUCAGCUCAGCCUCCCAGGCCACUCGCCAGAAGAUGCGAGAGUGCCAUGGGCUCGUGGACGCUCUGGUCACCUACAUCAACCAUGCCCUGGAUGUGGGCAAAUGCGAGGACAAGAGUGUGGAGAAUGCCGUGUGUGUGUUGAGGAACCUGUCCUACCGCCUGUAUGAUGAGAUGCCACCAUCGGCCCUGCAGCGGCUUGAGGGCCGGGGCCGCAGGGACCUGACCGGGGCACCAGCCGGUGAGGUGGUAGGCUGCUUCACACCACAGAGCCGGCGGAUGCGCGAGCUGCCCCUGACGACCGAUGCCCUCACCUUCGCCGAAGUGUCAAAAGACCCCAAGGGCCUGGAGUGGCUGUGGAGCCCCCAGAUCGUGGGGCUGUACAACAGGCUGCUGCAGCGCUGCGAGCUGAAUCGGCACACAACAGAGGCAGCAGCUGGCGCACUACAGAACAUCACUGCGGGCGACCGUAGGUGGGCAGGUGUGCUGAGCCGCCUGGCCCUUGAGCAGGAGCGCAUCUUGAACCCCCUUUUGGACCGUGUACGAACUGCUGACCACCACCAGCUGCGCUCACUCACAGGCCUCAUCCGAAACCUGUCUCGAAACGCCAGGAACAAGGAUGAGAUGUCCACCAAGGUGGUAAGCCACCUGAUCGAGAAGCUCCCCGGCAGCGUGGGUGAGAAGUGUCCUCCGGCUGAGGUGCUCGUCAACAUUAUAGCCGUGCUCAACAACCUGGUAGUGGCCAGUCCCAUCGCUGCUCGGGAUCUGCUCUACUUUGAUGGGCUCCGAAAGCUCAUCUUCAUCAAGAAGAAGCGAGACAGCCCUGACAGUGAGAAGUCCUCCCGGGCAGCCUCCAGUCUCUUGGCCAACCUGUGGCAGUACAGCAAGCUCCAUCGAGACUUCCGGGCGAAGGGCUAUCGGAAGGAAGACUUCUUGGGCCCAUAGAUGAAGACUUGUGGAGGACAAGGCGGAGUGUUCCAGCUUCUGAGGGAGCAGACCGGGCUCCAACUGCUCACCAGCCCACCUGGGGAGGAGCCGAUGGCCAUGGGGUCUCUCCUCAGAGCUCCGUGCACACCUUCCAGGGGCUGGUGCUGCCGGGAGGGGAGGGGGACUCGCAGCUUGGGGGCUUGUUUCUGCAAGGGAUGGGGGUGGGGCUUGAGCUACUCUGGUGCAUGGGGUGGUGGCCAGUCAUAAUGCAGAGGUGAGGCUGUCCUUAGCCUGGCAAUGCCUCAGGAAUACUGAGAAUAAAGGAGGCUAUGGACUCAGUU